AUGAUUUUAACAAUUGCCAUAUACUGGAUGCUUGCUAUAAUUAUUGAGAAAGCUUUUGUCAGUUCGAUAAUCGGUGGUAAUGCUGUUCAGAAUAAGGAGUUCCCCUGGUUAGUGUUAUUGUCAGCCACUUACUUCACACCAGAAGACAACGAACCUAGCAUCCGCAGUUGUGGAGCCACACUUAUAGACGAAGUUUGGUUACUUACAGCGGCUCACUGCUUCAGUCUCGACGGAAACAAGCUGAUAUCUGCUGACCAGUGGGUAGCUUCUUUUGAAGCAAAAACCAUUGGGACAACAAUUUCUGGACUUUACCUCGACAUCAUCAACUACGUUAAGACUGGUCGUAAAUGGUUGGACAAACAGACCACAGUUGAAAAGAUUAUCCUCUACCCAUAUUUCAACAUGUCAGAUUACCAUUAUUUUGACAUCGCUCUGGUAAAGAUACCCGACGUGCUAAAACAAUUUCAAAUUGCGGUCAACCCAUAUAUCCUACCUUCAUCGUCCACUGACAAAAUAUCCUUGGUUGGAAAAACCUGUAACAGUUACGGAUGGGGAUGUACAAAAUAUGCAUUUGACAAGAGUUUUAAGUUCUGA